AUGGAUCGCAAUAAUUCUCGUUACAACUACGAACCCCUGCAAGGGCCGGAGCAGAUACGCACUCUCACGCUCCGAGGCAUCUCGAACGGCGUCGUCGAGUGCACCAUCCAGCAAAUCAAGGUGUCGGAAGGUGGCUACCAAGCGCUUUCGUACAAUAAACAGCUUGGCCGGAUCCCGCUCACCAAGAAUCUGAACGACGCCCUGCAUGAUUUAUGGAACGCCGAUGAGCUCACGAGUAAGGUCUUCUGGGUCGAUCAAAUUUGCAUCGAUCAGGAAGGCGAGGAGAAAAAUCAUCAGGUCGCUUUCAUGGGGCAGAUUUACAAGAAUGCUUCGAGCGUGAUAACUUACCUGGGGCGAGUGGAGGAUGAAGAGGAGGAGCAGAGAGGGUUGGAAUUCUUGAAACGGUUGGACAGCCACUUCUCGCCGAACUACGAAAAGUUAUCUCAGGCGUGGGAUCUCAACAUCGCAAUGUCCAAACUAUCGGAACUUCCGGUAUCGAGGCUACCGGAUGAUUUGUUAGGAGGUGCUGUCAGUGAGCGAAUAUGGCAGUGGUUGGUCACAUUGUGCUUUGGAGAGUGGGCAACGCGUCUCUGGAUAGUGCAAGAACAGAUGCUGAAUACAGACAAUCGCAUGCUCCACGGCCAUCAACUACUAUCUUGGGAUUCCGUGGCCGUCAUGCCUGUGCUCUUCUGCCUGAGAUUACUUCCCGAUCAACACGUUAAUACAUUCUGCGCAACCAAUCACAAGUCACUUAUAGAAAAUCCUGGGCAUGUUGUAAGUUCUAUCUUCUCAAUCUGGAGAACUUAUCAACACGCAAGGCAGAAAGCGGCAACCGCGACGUCUUUCGCCUAUAGCUUGCUUUCAAAUAUGUCGCGCUUUGAGAACAUGCAGUGUCGAGAUCCACGAGACUAUAUAUUUGCUCUGCUAGCCAUUUCCUCCGACUCAAUCGACCUUGGAAUUACUCCAGAUUAUUCAAAAUCACCUAAACAGGUCUUCUUGGACACUACUAUUUCCAUGGUCGAGUCUCAUGCAAAUCUGGAUUACCUCACUUUUGCAUGCAGAACGGAUAAUUCAUCGGACCUGAUACACUCCUCCUGGGCUAUUACUUCUCCCCGGCCUGCACAUCUGUGGUCACGAACUCUACCGUUUAAGGUUUUCAGUCCCCAUCCCUUCCUCAUUCUUCAUGCACGACCACGGUUUUUUGCCGAUGGUAAAACUAAUGCCUUGACCCUCAAGGGCCGUAUCCUUGACCAUUUUUCCUUCAUAAAAUCUCCGAUAUACCAAAGCAAGUCAUUUAUCCUCGACAUUAGGGACGCGGACCUCACGGAAACUUUGUCACAGCUCACUGAAGCUCUGUCAGAUGUGAUAUGCGAUCUGGGCAUAACUCUCGAAAAUGCAGCUGCACUUUGCCGAACCCUGAUCUUAGAUCCAAACUGGAAGCCGACUCAUGGGCAAGGGUCUCCAACACAACAGACUGCGUACCACUUCUGGUGUAUGAAUGUUUGGAAAGACAUGCAUUUUCAAGGACGCUCUUUUUGCACAACGCAGCAACGACGGGUCUGCAGUUGCAUGAAUAAGAUAGAGAGUGACGACGUGAUAGCGGCGUUUCGUGGGGGAGAUAGACUAUACGUACUUCGACCAGUAGAGGGAGGAAGAUACCGGCUCGUCGGUGAUGCAUAUGUGGACGGUUUGAUGUUUGGUGAAGCUUACGAAGGCGUUGAUGCAGAUGAGGUCGAUUACGACAUUGAGCUUAUGUGAUCUGACAAAUGCUACUUUAUGUACUGAUUCUGAUUUCUUAAGUCCUUCUCUAAUUCCUUAUACUCGGAUGACAAUGGGGUGGUUUUACGGGGAGUUGUACUUGCUACUAACAGCAAAACUUCGACACAGGAAAGAAUUUUUGUUCCAAGAACAUUCAUC